AUGGUACGAAAAAGAAAAGGCAAACAUGGAACUUAUCAAGUGGCCAUUACUAUUAUCGAAGCUAAAUAUUUAGCACAAAAUGCUAAUCCAAUGGUCGUUGUUAAAGUCGGGCAUCAGAAGAAAAAAACUGUCAUAAGAAAUCGGACUGAUUCACCGUACUACAACGACUAUUUUAUAUUCAAUUAUACCGGAGACUUUGACACAUUUCUCCAUACAAGAAUUUCAAUAUCAGUUUAUUUAAAACGGUGUCUGAGACUUAAAUUUUAUGGAGGAAUAUUUUUUGACGUUUCCACUGUUUGGGAUCAACCUGAUCAUGAGUAUUAUCACAAAUGGGCAAUGCUCACGAAUCCAAAAGAUCCAACGGGUGGUCCAAAAGGGUACGUUAAAUGUAAUAUUGGUAUCAAUGCUAAGGGCGCGACUAUCCCGACGCAUUUGGAGAGUGAUGGAGAUGAAGAUAUUGAAGGAAAUUUAUUGAUGCCAAUCGCUAAUUUUUUUGAAACCGGACGUCAAAAAGCACAUUACAUAUUUAGUGUCUACCGAGCAGAUGGAUUGUCAUGUAAAAAUACAAGUCAGUGCUGUGCGGACGCUGAUAACAUUGUUAAUCCGUUUAUUCAAAUAUCAUUCGCUGGAAUGAAGGGUGAAACGAGUUGGCACAGUGCAACUUACACGCCAAGAUUAAAUGAAAGAAUAAUAUUCACCGAAAUGUUUCCACCUCUAUCGUAUCGCGCUAGAAUCGCAAUAAAAGACAGAAUUGAUAGCUGCCGUUCAAAAACACUGGCAACUUUUACACUGAAUCUCGCAAAGUUAUCUAAGUCUGGGGAAUAUGGAUUUCUACCGACGUAUGGACCAUCUUUUGUUCAUUUUUACAAUAGUGCAAACGAGGGUCCUGAAUGUUUCUGCGCAACUAAGUGUCAGAAUACGCGACCUAUUUAUCAAGGUAGAGUGCUCCUUUCUCUGAAAACAGAAAUUGAUGAUUCCGGAGCUCCUAUUAUCCCAGGAGUGGUUACGGAACCAACAGCUUCUAUUAUUGAGCAUCGAUUAUGGACGACAGAAGAGUAUUUACUGGUCGGAAUUGUUUACGAUGCUAAUAUGAUCGAUCGAUCGAGAUUUAUGAGAAAGCCUAUAAGUUUUGAAAUAAAUAUCGGCAAUGCUGGUAGCAAAAUUUUUCCCUGUAAUACCGAGACUUAUGAUUAUUUACUAAACCAAGUAAUACUCGACAAACGUCCUGAUUUUGUGAGCUCGACUGCGCCUAGAUUAACAGCCACGACAGAUGGCAAGUUUAAUUACCUUCCACUUGGUUCCAAUAAACCUUGCAUGUACGUUAAAUCCUGGUGGCCAAACUUAGAAUGGAGAGUAUCCAAUACCAACAGUCUUUUGUACAUCGCCAACUUCCUCGAGGAUAUGCUAAGCAAAUUGGAAGCACUAAUUGCCGUAGAAAAUCCAGCGGCAUAUGAAACUUAUAAUACUGUAAUUGAGUCAUUAAAAUGUUACUGUAUGCAUUACUUGUCUAUAUUGGAUACCGAUGUAUAUAACGAGAAUGGCGGAACCACAAAAUUGGACAGACACCGGAUUAAUCUGUGUCACUAUUGCAUACAAGAUAUUAUCACGAUGAUAAAUGUCAACGGCAAGCUCCCUAACAAUAACUACAUUAAAAUUGCAAUGUUGCAUGCAUACAAAUAUUUGAAAAAAAUACUGGAUGUUGCUGAGGACCCUCAACAUUCAUUUCCGGAUGUUUUUAUUUGGAUGAUAGCCGGCAGUAAACACGUAGCAUUAGUUCGUAUACCAGCGUCGAAAAUAAUUUUUAGUGAAGAUGAAAUGUCACGAGGAACUAAGUGCGGCCAAAGAAUAAAUUUAUUCAUGAAAAAUAUCACCGACGGAUUUAUUGACAACAACCUUGUCGAUUAUAGUGCAUGUAAUAUUGAAAUUUUUUUGUGGUUCGGAAAUGCCAAGUUUGCGUCUGCUUUCUGGAGCGCCAUCCCCCACGGAUACGAUGUCGAGCACUCGGUAAACAUGGAAUUAUUUCCCAAGACUUUCAACUAUACUACAACUUCGAAAUUUCAAUUACGAGCUCAUAUUUUCCAAGGUCGUUUUGAUUCGGGACUGGACUCGACAGGUUUAAUGGAUCCCUUCAUUCGUAUUAUCUUCCAUGGCUAUACUGCGACUACUAAAUCAAUCAAACAAAGUUUAGCUCCAGUCUGGGAUGAGACUUUAGUAUUUCCUGUAAUCGAUUUGUAUGGAGUGAAGGAGAGCAUCAAGUCAAUGCCACCUCAACUCAUAAUAGAAGCAUUUGAUUGGGAUUGCUGCGUGAGUUUUACUACCGUUAAAUGAUCUGCUGUUAAAGCUAACAAGUCGUUAAAUAACCAGUGUAAGAGUGUUUUAGUUAACAUCUGGGUGUGUAGUUAUGAUUUAAGUUGGACUAUUUGUUAUGGUAAUUAGGGACCGAAAGAAUUGUUUGGCAGAUGCAUUGCAGUACCAGUUGUUAAAUUUAAAGAGGAAGCAUAUUCUCCGCCGGAAUUCCCUCCGACUUUGAUUUGGUAUAAACUCGAGACCGAAUCCGAUUUCCAAGGAAGUGUUUUGGCAGCCUUUGAACUUAUUGAAAAAGUGGGUGAUGCUGAUGUGACUCUAUCUCCGUCAACAGAGUCAAUAAGAUACAAUUUACCUAAUGACAUUCGUCCAAAUAUGAUAAGUCAUCGCCUAGAAGUUAUAUUUUGGGGGAUAAGAGACAUGAAGAAAAUUAAUUUUGUACGAGUCAAUAAACCGAGAGUUGUUGUUGAAUGCGCGGGAAUUCAUGUCAAAUCAGAAAUUAUGAAAAAUGCUAAAAAGUUUUCCAAUUUUCGUCACACUCAUGUCAUUAUUGAUUUGGAUUUACCCGAAAGAGAUAUUUAUCAUCCACCAAUUACAAUACAAGUAUAUGAUGCUCGUAAAUUUGGAUGCUUUAAGUAUGCAGGUGUCUGCAUAAUACCAACGGCUCAUAUUUUUUUAGAAAAACUAAUUAGUGAAACUGAAUAUAAUUAUAAAAUAUAUGAUCAUGAUGACGUUGAAGAAUCUUAUCUUCGAAAACCUAUUUCUGAACUUAUCUUACCACUGCCAAUCAAUUACGAUUUGGAAAAAGAAGAGCAAAAAAAUUUGAUUAGUUACAAAGAACUUGCAAAAAGUGGAUUUAAUUAUCGAAUCACUCAGUUCUGGACUAUCAUUAAAGAAUUUUUAUGUAGUAGCAAAGAUCAGAUGAAAUAUGAAGAGGAAAAUUAUCAAGCUGACGAGGAUGAAAGUUAUGACUGGUGGAGUAAAUACUUCGCAUCCCUAGAGGAGGAAAGAAAUCGUGAGCUCGGAGAGCAUGAAAUACUUCCAUCUGGA